UCUCUCUUUUACUAUAUAUAUUAUGAGUACAGAACAAGAACUUCUUAAAGCCAAAAGCUCAAUCCAAUCAGCUUUAGAAAAAGAUAAUGUUCAAACUUGCUUAGAUAUUUUGGAAUCUUUACAAAAAAUUAAAGUGACAGGCGAAGUGUUAAAAAAAACGGAUAUUGGCAAAAUUGUUGGCAAAUUAAGAUCACAUAAAGAUACAAAGCUAUCUAUUAAAGCAAAAUCAGUUGUUAAGAAAUGGAAAGAAGACGUGCUUCGUAAUUCAACUAAUAAUAAUACCACUAGUUCUGCUAUUAAUACACCAACUAUAACACCACCUACUUCUAAAAAGAUUUCACCUUCUUCAUCUCAAGCUUCUUCACCAAAGACACCUUCAAUCGAAGGUCCACCUCGUACUAUGAAAUCAGAUGAAGUCACUUUUCAUUCAACAGGAAAUGGUCCUCGUGAUAAAACAAUUGAGCUUAUCUAUAACUCUAUUGCCUUUGGAUGUGGAGCAGAUUCAGAUUUAUUAAUAAAGCGAGCAUUAGCUAUCGAAAAGACACUCUAUUUAGAAUACAAUGAUGUCAAUCAAAACUAUAAGAACAAGGUACGAUCACUUGCUCUUAAUCUUAAGAAUAAGAAUAAUCCAGGAUUACGUGAAAGUGUUGUGAGUGGUGAAUUAUCAGUUAGUAAACUAUGCAAGAUGGGGGUAGAAGAAAUGGCAUCUGAAGAGGCACAAGCACGUGAUCGUAAAUUAGCUGAAGAAGCCCUCUUUAAGGCAAGAGGUGCUGGAUCUGCUCAAGCAGAGACUGAUAUGUUCAAAUGUGGUAAAUGUGGCGGUAGAAAAUGUACCUAUUUCCAAAUGCAAACUCGAAGUGCAGAUGAACCUAUGACUACCUUUGUUACUUGUGUUGGUUGCGGUAAUCAUUGGAAGUUCUGUUAAAUUACAUUAUUACAUAUACAAAAAUAGAGAAGAAAGCAUUAAAAUAAACAUAUAAACUUUUUUUUUUUUUUUUUUUGUUCAUAG